AUGGGAUCCUGGGAUUACUAUUGCGCCCUCUGCGGCUCGACAUUCUACGGCGGCGAGAUAUGUCCAAAGUCACGCAGAGCCCGCUUGCUUCGAGCCCGCCGUCUGUCCGAGGCCAAUCGACAGAUUGAAAAGCUCGUUGAAGAGGGAGCACCAAUUCCGGAAGAGCUUCAGAGGGAGGUUGAUGAGAACAAAGAAGAGCCAGGGGAAGGCGAGGAUGAUCCAAUGAGCAAAAACGGCUUCGAUGAAGACCACAGCUACGACCCUGAUAUUAUCACGGAGAAAGAGUCAAAGUGGACUUUGGACCUCCAGUGCGUGGGCCUGAAUUCCGAUUUAGACUCUCUGAGCAAAGCAUUCCUCUCCGGUAUCGGCACUUGUGAGGAUUACGGAGGUGUCAGCGUUAAUGCUGGAGACGACCCAAACUACCCAGAUGAUGAUUUCUUUUCGACAUACUAUGAUUUCAACGUCGACGGCGGAACCACUGUCUACCCAUUCCAUCCCAAAUGCCUUGACCUAUUCCGUUUGUUGGUGGCCCACAAGAGUGGUUCUGGGGCAACCCCCGUGUCCGUUGAUGGAAGUUGGGUACCACGAUCUCUGGACCUUGAUAAGGAUACACUCUUCGCCAUAUUAGAUGAACUCAGCAACGACUUUACUUGUCGUCUAGAUAUAAACUAUGGAGACCCAGAGCCUCCUCACGAGCAGUUCUGGGAAUCCAACCCAGGCGAGGAACUCUUCGUCGCAGACCCAACCUUGGAUGACGAGCUUGUGCAGGGCAUGAUUCUUAGUGUCUGGCACGGUGCGGACAAUCAACCUCUCACUGGCAAUGCCACCCCGUUCGCUCAAACAGAAGACAGAGAUGAUCUAUUUGCGAAGCUGCCAUUUGAGAUGCUGUUGAACGUCAUCUCGGAACUCGACUCUUCCUCCUUGCUGAACCUAUUGAACGCUUCCCCCACGUUCACCGCGCUUUGGAGGGCAACAGUUCCUUGUGGCUAA